CGUUAACGUUACGCGGGUCCGGCGUUUUUGGCGUUUUUGGGCUGGUGUUCGCCUAAAGCUUGAGGGACGUCCGUGAUCUUUUUGUCUGGACAGAACAUAGAUGAGGUUCGGUCCGGGAUCUGUAAUCUCAAACCCUGGUGUAUCAUGACCAACGUCCCGCUAGCGAUUUUUGUUUCCUCUUCUGUACGGGUGAUUGGAGGAACAUUGCCAAACCUGCGGGUUUUCCUGGGGAAACUGUUUCUGGAAGGUUGCUCCAAGCUGGGGCCGGGUGCUCUCUUCAAAUGAGAAACAUGAUGCACGUGCGAAGGGGGCAUCCAGAGAGCCCAAGACCUCUGUGAACGUUGCAGUAUGGCCUUUUCUUCAUACUGGCCAAGAUGUUUGGUAUUGGGAUUUUGAAGCACUUGUACUGUAACUUGGAUGUGGAUGAUUGAAAACCGAGUUGUGCUCGGUGUUGCUUUCUUCAUGGCAUGGUUCCCUCGGCUUGUCGGCUUGAGCCCUUUCGUCUCACCAGGAGGAGCUUCCUUGAACCCAGAGAUUGACAUGAAAAACCCUUCAGGAAUAGCAGCACCGCAAAGUCUACCCACUCCCCAAGCAUCUGAAUGGCGUAAUUCGAUACAAGGGCCUUGCGCCCUGUACUUCAGAUCAUGGGGCUGUAUCCCUACCUACAUAAAGAUGUCAGACGGCUGGACCUGUUAUAUCUUCAAGGUACCUGAAAAGGAAAACAAGUCGCAUGUUCUUGUCUUCUGAGCUGUCUCUCUGCCUAUUCACUUCUAUCGCCAAGUAAUGCGGGGUACGGGGUAAAGAAAUCAUCUAUUGUCUUAUAUAUUUCCUAUCCUUGAAAUUGGACAGUGAAUUUGGGAGCUCGGUACAAUUACUCUUUGGUGAUUCAUUUCUUUGGCUUGGUACGAUACCCCUCAUUGCGUUAUAUAAUCUCAUAGACUUGUGUCUCUUGAGAGUCUAGACUUCCAUUUCACCAAAUUGUCUUCCUUUUCUCGCAAUACUAACAUACAGGUUUCUAGUGGAUUACAGCUCUACUUCAUUGCGUGUUUGCUUCUGCUUCUUCUAUCCUCAGUUGAGCUAGUAAUAAUCUUCAGCAAUGAAGCUCCAAAAGAUCGUGGCGGCUGGCCAGAGCCUUCUGGGAAUUGUCAAUUCGGCGACGACCUUCAAGCCAAGUCGAGCACCAGCAAUUCCUCUUGCUGGUAUGUCUAUCCAAAUAUAUUUCUCGAACUCUCUAACAAAUUGAUAGUCAAAUCCCCAUAUAUGAACACAUGGCUUGAGGUUGGCAGCAGAGGUAACGGCGAGCUUGCAGGAAAUUGGCCGUAAGUAAUAAAUCAGAAUAAAGGGAGAUCUCUUGCUAACAUCAUCACAGGCGAUUCUGGGCGUAGGUCUUUCUUCCCACUCUUGCAAUUCCAACUAACCAUAUUAGUGCUCCUCAACCAGGUGAUGUUGCCGGUACUACAGGAGCUGUCACAGGUUGGGCAGGACUCAUCAAAGUUGACGGUACUGUCUACACAUGGAUGGGCGCACCAGCAGUCGAUGGAAACUUUCCCCAAAACGUCGUCCAAAAUAGUGUUGAGUAUACGUCACAAAGCUCAAUUUUUACUUCGACCGCCGGAAAGGUUAACUUGAAAGUCACGUUCACCUCGCCAGUCACCCCCACGGAUUUCCAAAGGCAAUCCGUUAUUGGCACUUAUCUUAAGGUCGAAGUUUCUUCUAAUGAUGGUGCUACGCAUAAUGUGCAGGUUUAUGCUGAUACUUCUGCUGGUAUGACUCUGCGUCCGAGAUGACUGGAUUGUGAGAUGAGCUGACGAUAUUUAGAAUGGGUUUCCAUUCACAACACUGAUGUUGCUGAGUGGAGGUACGUCACCUGACCUCGUGAUAGAAAAAGUACUGAUUGGCGCAGCUUCUCUGACUUAAAUGGAGUUCUCUCUCAUGCUUCAUGGCGCCAAGUCCAAAGCGAGUUCAACGCAGACUACCCUGACGAUGCUGCCCAUUGGGGUAAAUGGUAUUGGUCUACAGGUUCUGACUCUUCCGUUACCUAUCAAUCUGGUGGACACCAAACAGUCCGAAGAAAUUUCAUACAAAAUGGAAAGCUUCCAAGUACCCAGGAUAACAAAUUCCGAGCUAUCGAUGAUGACUACCCUGUCUUUGGCUUUGGUAAGUUCGUUUGAUACCUAGGAAAAUGAUCUGAUUAACAACUCCUCAUAGCUCAGGAUCUUGGAUCUGUUGAUAGACCAGUUAAUAUACUCUACACAAUAGUUCAUGCUCAGUCAAAUGCUGUUACCUUCCUAGGUGCUCAAGGACAAGUCUCAGUACCAUCAUUGUGGACAAGUUACUUUAAUUCAGACGCAGCUCUGGUAUGUCCACUUUCAACCUCCAAAGAAACCAAAAGAUUGAUUUUCAACUAGGUUGAAUUCUUCUACAAAGAUAUCGGGAGUAUCUCCAACGCAAUCGACGACAAAAUCCAAUCCGAUUCCAUCAAAGCCGGCGGUCAAAACUAUGCAACAAUCACCACCCUCUCUACCCGACAAGCCCUCGGAGCCGUCCAACUAGCCGGCACCCCCACAAAACCCUACCUUUUCCUCAAAGAGAUCUCCUCCAACGGCAACAGUCAAACAGUCGACGUUCUCUUCCCCGCAAUCCCAAUCUACCUGUAUCUCAACCCCACCCUCGUAAAACUCGUCUUGGAUCCUUUAUACGAAAACCAAGAAUCCGGUCACUGGCCACACACCUACGCAAUUCACGACCUAGGAACCAAUUACCCGCGAGUAGUCGGCCACCCAGAUGGGAACGCAGAGGAGAUGCCAGUCGAAGAAUGUGGGAACAUGAUCAUUGCCACACUAGCCUACUAUCAAAAAACCCAAGACACGUCGUAUCUUCAAGCGCACUACAACAUCAUGAAACAAUGGACGGGAUAUCUAAUUCAAGAUUCUCUGAUUCCAGCGCAUCAGCUAAGCACCGAUGAUUUCCAGGGACCUUUGGAGAACCAAACCAAUCUUGCGAUCAAGGGUAUCAUCGCUAUCGGUGCAAUGGGGAAGAUUGCCGAGACGGUUGGACAGCAGGAUGACGCGAGGAAUUUCACGGCUAUAGCGAAGGAUUACGUGGGCAAGUGGGUGGAUUUGGCCAUGACUAUGGAUGGGGGGUUGCCGCAUACGAACCUGGCUUAUCAGGAUCCCAAAUCUCAUGGUAUUUUCUCCCUUCUUUUCGUCUCUCUUCCCACCUCGAGAGGUGUUCUUUUUGAUUGGUGCAAUGCUGAUAUGAUAUGGUAUCCAGGUCUCCUAUACAACAUCUACGCCGACAAACUCCUGAACCUAAAUAUCGUCCCUGCACCCAUCUUCCAACAACAAAGUGAUUUCUACCCCACGGUCGCACAGAAAUACGGCGUCCCAUUGGAUACGAGAAAUAUGGUUACAAAAUGUAAGGCUUUCCUUUCUCCUUCCCCUUCCUUCUCCCUUCCCACAACCCUCUCAUCCCACACCAAAAUCAAGAAAUCAAGAACAACAACAAGAAGAACAAAACUGACACCCUCCCCCAAAAGCCGACUGGGAAAUCUGGACCGCAGCCGUAGCCAACGGCCCAACAAAAGACUUCAUCAUCGGAAAGAUCGCAACGUGGUUAGCGGAAACACCUACGAAUCGUGCGUUUACGGAUUUGUAUGAUACUACGAAUGGGGAGUAAGUCUUUCCCCUUUCCCCUUUCCCUUUUCCCCAUUCUCUAAUUCCAACCCUGAACCCCCUCUUCUUGAAAUGAUUAGUAGUGUUGAUAUGUUUUCCUCCCCACAGUUUCCCAGGAAAUAAAUUCAUCGCUAGACCUGUUGUUGGUGGGCAUUUUGCGUUACUCGCUUUGUAGUCAGCCAGCCAUUUUUUGGUUCGCCGCUUUGCUCCUGGGUAAUGGUGUAUGCGUGGUUUUCGUUGCAGAUUCUUGGGGGUUUGCGUUGGGUUCUAAGGAGAAUUUACAGAUGCUUUUUUGGAUAUGGAGGGUGGGAGAAAGGUGAUAGUGAGGAAUGUGAGCUUUAUGGAAUGGAAGGAUGCAAUGGAUGGCAAUGAAGGGACAGUAAUGCAAAGUAAUAC